AGAUAGUGAAAAUGGAACACAUCAAGCUAUCAGAGGAGGUAUCCACGUGUAAGAAUUGCUUCAAGGAUAUCAACGAAAUUGGCUCUGCAAUUCUGUCCAGAAUAAACCGGCAAGCAGAUUUGCGUGAAGAUCUCCAGAUUAAAUUUCUCAGAGGGGCCAAAGAAAGGAAAGAACUCGACAACAAGGUUCUAGAAUUGAAAGGAAACAUGAGUCUUUUGCCGGUGUAGGCGUCUAAAUUCUGAAGAAUAGCAGCAGGUGCUACAAUGGCUGUUGAUUUUGAAUCUGCGAAAUAUGGUGAACUCACUGUACUAUCAAAUGGUGCUCCUAGGAAAUCUUUAAGUUUGAUGCUGUUUUUUGGCCCUCAAGCAGACCAAGCUGAUGUUUUCCAAGACACAGCUCCAUUUGCUACCUCAGUUCUAGAUGGCUACAAUGUCUGCAUUUUUGCUUAUGGACAGACAGGGACAGGAAAACCUUUUACAAUGGAGGGUACAAAAGAAGCCCGUGGAGUAGAUUUUAGGACUCUUGUGGAAUUGUUUCACAUGAUUAAUGAGCGGCAGAAGUUAUAUCAAUAUGAUAUAUUAGUCACUGUCUUAAAAGCAUACAAUGAACAGAUAAGAGAUUUACUGGUUUCAGGCUCUCAGCAAGGCUCGGAGCCAAAAGCAGGGGUAAUCUUGUUUUAGCCUUUUUGCUUUGACAUAUUUUUCUUUUCCAGAUUGGUUAUGCCAACUUUUGUUAGAUGAGUUUCAUGCAUCAUUUUGUUGCUAAUUCAUCCUGAUGAGAGAUUAACUAU